UUGAUAUUUUCAGAGCAAAAUUUAUUGCAUGAAUAAAAACACUCUGUUUUUCAUGACUCCGUUUGCAGAGAAAAUUACAACUUCCAAAGACAUCAGUAUUUAGUUGCAGAGAUUCACAGCUUAAAUGCCUCCCUGCCUUCUUGUCUCUCUAUCUCUACAGCUCAGUUCCACUCUGUAAAAAAAACCACAAAUAAAACCUCCAUUGAAGCUCUUCAUUUCAUGUGAAAAUGGCGAUGAUGAAGAUUCUAUCUUUCCUUCUUCCUGUUUUUCUUGUAUGUAUGUUUCUCUCUUCUUCUUCUAGUUUCGUUUCAGCUCAAACAGAUGAAAACCCAGAAAGAAAAUCACUUUUGUUAUUCAAAAACAGUUUAGAUAACCCAAGUGUUUUAUCUUCAUGGAACCCCUCUGUUUUUUAUUGUCAAUGGAAAGGUGUACACUGUAAUAAAGAUAACCGAGUUACUUUAAUCGUUCUUUCAACUCAGUCUCUGAAAGGUUCCAUUUCUUCUUCUUUAUUCUCUCUUUCAAACCUCAUUACUCUUGAUUUAUCUGGAAACCAGUUCUAUGGCAAUCUCUCAUCUUCAAUCUCUGGUUUAAAAUCUCUGAGAGAAUUGAUUCUGAAUGAAAACUCAUUAUCAGGGGAGAUUCCUAGUCAGUUAAGUGAGUUAACACAGUUAGAAACUCUAAAACUUGGUAGUAAUUUCUUCACCGGAAAAAUCCCAGCAGAGCUCGGAAAACUGACGGAACUGAAGUUUCUUGAUUUGUCUCUGAAUGUUUUAACCGGAGAUAUCCCUGUCGAGCUCGGGGAACUGACUCGUAUUGAAUUUCUUGAUCUUGGUAAUAAUCUUCUGUCAGGUUCUCUUUCUCAUACUCUGUUUACACAGCUCAACUCUCUGGUUUCAUUAGACAUUUCUAAUAACUCAUUAUCUGGUACUAUCCCAUCGGAAAUCGGAAAUUUACAAAAUCUCACCGAUCUUUACAUCGGAAUCAAUCAUUUCUCCGGAGUUUUACCACCAGAAAUUGGAAACUUACAGAAUCUUGAAAACUUGUUCUCUCCUUCUUGUUUGAUUAAAGGUCCCUUACCAGAUGAAAUAUCAAAGUUGAAGAAUUUGAAUAAGCUCGAUCUUUCUUAUAAUCCAUUGAAAUGUCCAAUUCCACAAUCAAUCGGAGAAUUAGAAAAUUUAUCGAUUCUUAAUCUUGUGUAUUCUGAACUGAAUGGCUCUGUUCCGGCAGAGCUCGGUGAGUGCAAGAAUCUGAAGACAUUAAUGCUUUCGUUCAAUUCAUUGUCUGGUUCAUUACCUGAAGAACUAUCGAAGUUACCAAUGUUAUCAUUUUCAGCAGAAAGGAACCAACUUUCUGGUUCAUUACCAUCAUGGUUUGGGAAAUGGAAGACAAUUGAUUCGAUAUUGUUGUCGAGUAAUCGAUUUACGGGUGAAAUUCCACCGGAGAUUGGUAAUUGUUCUGCACUUAGCCAUAUUAGUUUAAGCAAUAAUUUACUUAGUGGUGAGAUUCCUGAAGAUAUUUGUAAUGCCAUUUCGCUUUCAGAGAUUGAUUUGGAUAGUAAUUUGCUAACUGGUACUAUUGAGAAGACAUUUGUAAAUUGCAAGAAUUUGACUCAAUUGGUUUUGGUUAAUAAUCAGAUUAGUGGGGUGGUGCCAGAAUAUUUAUCUGAGCUUCCACUGAUGGUAAUUGAUUUUGAUUCGAAUAACUUUACUGGUGAAAUUCCAGUGAGUAUUUGGAAUUCAGUUAAUUUGAUGGAGUUUUCGGCUUCGGAUAAUUUCUUGGAGGGACAUCUUACUGUGGAGAUUGGUAAUGCAGAGUCACUUGAGAGAUUGAUAUUGAGUAACAAUGGGUUACAAGGGGAGCUGCCCAAAGAGAUUGGUAAGUUGACAUCGCUAUCGGUUUUAUCGUUGAAUUCGAAUUUUCUUAGUGGGGUGAUUCCAUCUGAGAUUGCUGAUUGUGUUUCGUUGACGACAUUGGACCUUGGAAAUAAUAGUUUUAAGGGGUCGAUUCCGGGGAGAAUUGUUGGUUUGGAGCAGUUGCAGUGUUUGGUUCUUUCGCAUAAUGAGCUCACUGGGUCAAUACCUUGGACCCCGUCUGCUUAUUUUCGGCAGAUUAAUAUACCUGAUUCGAGUUUUGUUCAGCACCAUGGAGUUUAUGAUCUGUCGUAUAAUAGGUUGUCUGGUUCAAUACCUGAAGAGCUUGGUAAUUGCUUUGUCAUUCUUGAUUUGUCACUGAACAACAAUAGGCUUUCGGGGAGUAUUCCGAAAUCGAUAUCUCGGCUGACUAAUCUUACUUCACUUGAUCUUUCCAGUAAUGCACUUACUGGGACGAUUCCGGAUGAGUUACGGUAUUGUGUUAAGCUUCAAGGACUGUAUCUUGGAAAUAACCAGCUUACGGGUAUGAUACCUGAAACACUUGGUUAUAUCACUAGUCUUGUGAAGUUAAAUUUAACUGGUAAUAUGCUUUCGGGUGCUGUUCCUUUGAAGUUUGGAGAACUGGAUGGACUUUCUCAUUUGGAUUUAAGCUCGAAUGAACUUACAGGAGUCUUGCCUUCGUCUCUUUCAGGCAUGGUUAAUCUUGUUGGUCUCUAUGUUCAGCAGAAUAAGCUGUCUGGUUCUUUAGAUGGACUCCUUCCGAACAAUAUAUCGUGGAGAGUUGAAGUUCUGAAUUUGAGUAUGAAUUUCUUUGAUGGGAAUAUCCCAAGUUCUUUGGAAAAUUUGUUGUAUUUAACGUAUUUGGAUCUUCAUCAAAACAUGUUUACAGGAGAGAUUCCUGUUGAGCUUGGGGCACUUGAACAACUUUUAUACUUCGAUAUCUCGGGCAAUUCGCUUUCUGGAACAAUUCCUGAUAGUUUGUGUGCGCUUUCAAAUUUGUAUUACUUGAAUUUGGCUGAUAACAGAUUGGGAGGUUUGGUACCGAAGAUUGGAAUUUGUCAGAAUUUCUCGAAGAUUUUUCUUUCUGGCAACAAACAUCUGUGCGGGGGAAUUCUUGGUAUGCACUGUGAGAUGAGUGGGGUUCAUGGAGUACCACCAUUUUUGAAUUCAUGGGGAUUGGCAGGAGUAGUAGUGGGUAGUGCAUUUGUUGCUCUUGCGGUUGUUUACGUGUUGAUGAGAAGGAAAAUCAGCAGCAGCAGGGAAAAUCCUUCAAUGAAGUUCGACGACAGCAAGUUUAAUAGCUCAAGUGAUCCAAAUUUCUAUUAUCUUAGCAGUAGUAGAUCAAAAGAGCCUCUAAGCAUCAAUAUUGCCAUGUUUGAGCAGCCUCUACUGAAGCUAACCUUAGUUGACAUUCUUGGAGCAACUAAUAAUUUCUGCAAAACAAACAUUAUCGGAGAUGGAGGGUUUGGAACUGUGUAUAAAGCAAUAUUGGAGGAAGGAAAAACAGUUGCUAUUAAGAAGUUAAGCCAUGCAAAAACACAAGGUCACCGCGAAUUUCUAGCCGAAAUGGAAACAUUGGGCAAGGUAAAGCAUCAAAAUCUCGUGUCGUUACUUGGGUACUGUACUUUUGAUGAAGAAAAACUUCUUGUGUAUGAAUACAUGGCAAAUGGAAGUUUAGAUAUGUGGUUGAGAAACCGAACCGGAGCUCUUGAAGCUCUUGACUGGUCUAAGCGUUUCAAGAUUGCGUUAGGAUCUGCUCGAGGACUAUCUUUUCUGCAUCAUGGUUUCAUUCCUCACAUCAUUCACAGAGAUAUUAAAGCAAGCAACAUUCUACUAGACGAAGAUUUUGAACCGAAAGUUGCAGAUUUCGGCCUUGCAAGACUAAUCAGUGCUUGUGAAACGCAUGUCAGUACUGAUAUUGCUGGAACUUUUGGUUACAUUCCACCAGAGUAUGGCCAGAGUUGUAGGUCUACAAUAAGGGGAGAUGUAUAUAGUUUUGGUGUUAUCUUGCUUGAAUUGGUUACCGGGAAGGAGCCGACUGGUCCUGAUUUUAAGGAGAUAGAUGGUGGAAAUCUGGUUGGCUGGGUGCAUCAGAAGAUCAAGAAAGGUGAAGCCAUUGAUGUUCUUGAUCCGAUGAUUAUGAACGUUGAGACGAAACAGGGAAUGCUGCGAGCAUUGCAGAUUGCAACUUUAUGUGUAACUGAGAACCCAGCAAAAAGGCCAACAAUGCUACAAGUAUUGAAGUUCUUGAAAGGAAACGACGAAGAGGAAUCUGCGCAUGAUCCAUAAUCAUUGUUCUAGUGUUCCGUUAGUACUGUAAAUUUUUAAGUAAGGCUUGUAAUUGUUAAUUUCUUCGUCCUCUGGUAUCUUAUACUAGUAUAUUUUAGACGAAAGCAAUCCAUCAAUGUUAUGUAGGCCAAGUAAAUGUAACAAAGAGAUUUACACCAACCACAUCUAAGGAUU